AUGCAGUUGCACGAUUAUAUGAAGUAUAUAGACCGAGGUUGCUGGAUGGGGCUUAUACCACGAUACCAAUGGUCAGGACGUCCCACGGAUAGAAAACCAUACAGGUUGGAACAAAAGGCCCUGUUCGUACUUGCGGUCAUUUGUGCAAUGUACCAGAUUUUCGGAGUGAUUAUCUAUUGGUAUCGAAACGGACGGUUGGCAGAGGAUACAAGUACGUUCGUCACCGAAAUUUCGGAAAUGUGCGGAUCUCUAAUGCUAACCACAGUGGGAUUUGGCAAUAUAUAUGCCCUCAUAAAGCCCCGGAAUCUGAUCGAAAAUAUGUUUGAGGAGCUCGAGGAGAUAUAUCCCAGCCAAAGCGACGAGCACUAUCGCUGCCAGCUCUACUACGACUUGGCUAUGGCUAUAAUGAAGAUUGAGUUCAUGUUCUACAUGGUCUUCUACGCAUACUACAAUAGUGCCCCAGUUUUGUUGCUGCUCUGGGAGAACCUGCAGGAGGGACAGGAACUGAGUUUCAAGACGCAGACCAACACUUGGUUUCCCUGGAAAGUCCAUGGCUCAGCACUUGGAUUCGGAGGGGCUGUACUGUGCUUAAUCCUGGGUUCGUUUGUGGGCGUGGGCUUUAGCAUAGCCACUCAGAAUCUUAUCGUCAUAUUUACAUUUCAACUAAAACUGCACUAUGACGGCUUGGAGAGUAAGUUACUUCACCUGGACUCUCGCCAGCCCAAUGCAAAUCAACAGUUGAGGGAUCUGAUUGCCUAUCACUCGCGCAUCCUUCACAUCGGGGACCAAUUCAAUCACAUCUUGAACUUCGUGUUUGGGACCAGUCUGGUUGGUUCUACAAUUGCCAUUUGUAUGUUGAGCGUGGCUAUUUCGCUACUCGACGCGGCCUCCGCCAUCAAGUAUGUGAGUGGUCUGACUGCAUUUGUCCUCUACCACUUCGUCAUCUGCUACAUGGGCACAGAGGUCACUUUCGCUUACCAAAUGCAGUUGGAGGACUUUAUGAGAUAUCCAGACCUAGUCUGUUGGGUGGCCCAACUGCCCAGAAUCGAGUGGAGCGGAAGAAGAUGCAGAGUCAAUCGCACUCUAGCCCAACGCUUUUUCUUCUGGUUUGGUGCCCUUAACUUAGUAUAUCACAAUAUUGGAUUGAUCAUGUGCGCGCGUUUUGUUGAUGGAAGUGCAAUGGACCCGUUUGAAUAUGUUUCGGAGCUGACAGAUAUUGGUGCCAUGCUUGGUUUUACCACCAUGGGCACUUUAAACUUAUGGAAGAUAAUGAGGUGUAAGCCAGAGAUUGAGAAAUUGAUGGAAGAGUUUGAGGCGCUGUUUCAACAAGCCAAAAAGAGGUCAUAUCGUAUUCAGCACUACUACGAGGCGCAUACGCGACUUAUAAAAAAAUCCGUCAGAUUUUAUGCCCCAAGUAUUUGCUACUACAAUUUACUGCCAAUUAUUCUCAUGGUUGUGGAACUAUUGACAGACAAUAAGCAGUUAAGUUAUCGAAUUCAGAGCAGUGCCUGGUAUCCCUGGAAGGUUCAUGGAAGUUUUUCUGGAUUUUUUGCUGCCGUUGUGUGUCAAGCCUUUUCGUGCCAGAUCGACUUGGGUAUCAUCAUUUUUACCCAGUUUUUGAUAUCCUUCUUCGGCAUCCAGCUGGAAAUUCAAUUUGAUGGAUUGGCCAGGCAGCUGGAAGCCAUCGAUGCCCGUCACCCAGCAGCCAAGGAGCAGUUGAAACAUCUCUUAGCAUACCACAUUAAAUUGUUCAAUUUGGCGGACAGAGUGAAUCACUCGCUAAACUUUACGUUCUGUGUGAGCUUCACGGUAUCGAUCCUGUCCAUGUGUUUUCAGGGCAUUUCCGUGAUCAUGGGGGACUUAGGCCCGGCCCUAAAACAUAUGCUAGGACUUUUCGUCUUCUUGGUAUACAAUUUUUCCAUUUGUCGCAAUGGUACGCACAUCAGUAUUGCGAGUGACAAAGUAAUGCCAGCUGCUUUCUAUAACAAUUGGUAUGAGGGCGAUCUGGCUUAUCGGAAAAUGAUUCUCAUUUUAAUGAUACGUGCUACGAAGCCUUAUAUGUGGAGAACCUACAAGCUGGCACCUGUAUCCAUUACUACCUAUAUGGCUACGUUGAAGUUAUCUUAUCAAAUAUUUACCUGCGUGCGCUCCUUAAAAUAA